AUGGCGCGUGCAUCGCGUCGCCGUGGACGCGCCGAGCCCGAGCCCGAGCCAGAGGUGGUCGACGAGGUUGAAGAGGUUGAGGAAAUCCAAGAGGAGACGCCAGAGGCAGGAGCCGAAGAAGACGACGAAGAAGAAGAAGCAGCAGCAGGCACACAAGACCAGGCCGAACAGGCUGAUCCCGAAAAUGACAACGAAGCAGCGCAAUCGGGCGAGGUUUUCAGCCUGCAGUUCGACGAGGAGCUGACAUGGAGGGUCGGCCGGCCCAUCGCCGUGUCUACGCUGCUCAAGCGCCUCGAGAAGCUCUCCGAAGAGCUGGGCACGCUGGAACAGGACCACGUCGACCUCGAAUCUCUGUCCCACGUCUGCGAAGCUCUUGGACAGCGCAACCUCCUGGCUCACAAGGACCAAGGCGUCAGGGCCUACACCGCGUCCUGCAUCGCCGACAUUCUGCAACUAUCCGCCCCCAAUGCCCCCUUCACACCCGACCAGCUCCAGAUGUUUUUCGAUCUCGUCAUCAAAGACGUCUUCACCCACCUGGGCGACCAGUCACACCCCUACCACAAGCAGCACAAGUACGUCCUGGCUUCACUCAACGAUACGCAAAGCAUCCUCCUCAUCAACGACGUUGAUGGCGCCGACAACUUGCUGCAGCGCAUGUUCUCCAGCUUUUUUGACACCGCCUCGAGCACGACCCAUGACGAUGGUAGAAAGAUGGUCCACUACGUGAGCCAAUACUUCAGCGACGUCAUCAUUGACGCGUCUCGGUUCGCGGCCAAAUCCAACGGCCACCGUCACGGCGGCGACAAUGAGGACGACGACACUCCUAGGGGGCCGACAGACUCCGAGGUCAGAGAGCUAAGAAAGGCGCACCUGCUCAUCAAGGAACUCUGGCGUGCCGCCCCCUCGGUGCUGCAAAAUGUUAUUCCUCAGGUUGAGGCUGAGCUCUCCGCUGACAAUGUCGAGCUGCGACAGAUUGCCACGGAAACGCUGGGCGAUAUGAUCUCCGGCAUUGGCGCGGCUGGACCACCUCCUGUGCCGGUCCUGGACCCAGCAGCUUAUCCUCCUCUGCGUCUUGCUGACGAGGACCCUUCGCAAGUUUCUCUCAGUAUCCUGACGACACCCUUGUCACCACAGUCGUUUGCGCAGACCCACCACACUGCGUACACGAGCUUCAUCGGCAGAAGCAGAGAUAAGACGCCAGCGAUCCGCGCCGCUUGGACAACUGCAGUUGGCUACAUUCUGUCCACCUCGGCAGGCGGUAUCGGUCUGAGCCGCGAGGAACAAGCAGAGCUGGUCCGCGCCCUUGCUGAGAAGCUGGGCGACGGCGACGAGAAGGUUAGACUGGCAGCCGUGAAGACGAUCGAGCUCUUUGGGUUCCGAGACUUUGUUCUGAAGCUUGGCUCUGGCGGUGGCAGUGACAAAGAAACUCCCAUCAUUCGCAGCCUGCUGGAUAGGUGUCGCGACAAGCGUCCGGCGAUCCGCGUGGAAGCCAUGACGCUACUCGCAAAGCUUUGGGGUGUCGGCGCGGGCGAGCUGGCUGCUGGACAGGAGCUCGUCACCACAGCUCUCAAGAGCAUUCCGUCGACUAUUUUCAACGCAUGGUACGCCAACCACCUCGAGCUGAACGUCUUGAUUGACCGAGUCAUCUUCGAGUGCCUGCUGCCGCUCUCGUACCCGCCCACUAAGACCAAAGGUUCUAAGAACACGGCGAGCCAGAGCCAGUCUGUCACAAGCGUUCCCUCGGAACAAGACAGCCUGCGCACCGAAAGGAUCCUGUUGCUUGUGCAGUCGCUCGACGCUCAAGCUCGCAAGGCUUUCUUCACCAUGCAGGCGCGACAACCUCAAUUUGGCCAAGUCCUCGAGGCUUUUAUCAAGCAGUGCGAGGCCUACAAUGGCGGUGUCAUGGACGCUGAGGGCCCCAAGAGGACAGCUGCGCUGGAGAGGACCAUUCAGUACAUUGGCCAGUUCUUCCCUGAUCCUCUCAAGGUCAAGUCGGACUACAUGAGAUUUGCCAAGGCGCACGACCGCCGAAACUAUCAGCUCAUCAGGUUCGCCAUCAGCUCCCAGAGCGACUACAAGACGGUCCGCGGAGCGAUCAAGGAGCUGGUGAAGCGUAUGCAGAAUAGCCCGAAGGGCCAGGACCUUGCUGCUGCGCUCGAUACCUUGAUUCCUUUCCUGUAUCGGUCAGCUUGCAUCAUCUUCAACAAGAGCCACCUCUCUGCCAUAUUGGAAUCAUCCAAGAGCAACAAGGAGAGCUUCGGCACGAUUGCCCACGAGAUCCUGCACGAAAUUUCCGCUCGGAAUCCUGACAUGUUCAAGAACUUUGUCGGCGAUCUGUGCGAAGAGCUUGUCGAGCAAGCCCCCACGGAGAAGAAGACCAAUGACCCAAGUACCGUGGAUAUCCUGCGGGCCUGUUCUUCCUUUGCCAAGAAGUAUCCCAAAGAGAUUCCCGAUACCCAGAAAUUCACUCGCGCACUGCAGCACUACGCCCUGUACGGCCGUCCUGUGAAAGCAUCCAAAUAUGCAAUCAAGAUCAUGCUGGCCAAGAACGAUAAGCAGGGGCAGGUCACGGCAACAGCCGUUUUUGAAAAGGCCAUGAAGCAGUUUGAGUAUGGCGCGCCUCACUUCUUGAACAAGCUGCAGGUCAUUGCUCAACUGUAUCUGCAAGCGCCCAAAGUGGUAGAAGAGAAGGAUGAGGAGAUUCUCGACAUGGCCAUCCAGAAGAUCGUCCGCACAACGCGCGAAGAGGCCGUUGACGACUCUAGUGCACCUCAGUGGGUAGAAGACGCCAACAUGAGCGAGGAGCUCCAGGCGAAGCUGUACUCCCUGCGUAUUGCUGUCAACCGCAUCCGCAGCAAUGAGGAUCAGGAAGAGGCCAAGGCCCAGGCGGUGUCGGUGAUGAAGCUUCUUAUGACGCUCGUCAAGAAGGACGGCGAGAUCAGUAAGACUGGGAACACGCCGGCGCACUUCCGCUCCCGCCUGCGCCUGCUGGCCGGCCAGCUUAUCUUGAAGCUGUGCACGCUGAAACAUCUCGACGAUACGCUGAACCACAAGGAUUUCCACACUCUGGCGUAUCUCGUGCAGGAUGCUGUGCUUGGUGUUCGCAAGGGUUUCGUGGAAAAGCUCAUGAAGUACCUCGUCCUCAACAGGCUUCGCCACCGCUUCUACACGAUCAUCUUCCUGACCGCGUACGAGCCGGAGCCGGAGCUCAAGCAGCACAUUGAAACGUGGAUCCGCUCAAGGGUACAGUCAAUGGCGGGGAACCCACAGAACCCGAUGGAGGCGAUCCUGGCAAGGCUCAUCCCUCUGCUGGCUCACCACCCAGAUUACAGCACCGACCCGGAGAACCUGGUCGACCACGCACAGUACCUCAUCUACUACAUCAGCCACGUGGCCACGGAGAAGAAUCUCGGCCUCAUCUACAAGUACGCCGAGCGCGUGAAGCAGACACGAGACAACCUCGACCCCGAGAAGAGCGAGAACCUCUACGUCGUCAGCGAUCUCGCCUCGGCCCCCGAGGCGGCCGACGACGAGAAGGAAGCUACGCCGCCCCCCGGCAAAGUCCAAUUGGGCGCAAGGCCGCGGCGCUGCCAAGACGGCGGAGCUGCCAAGACGGCCGGCGACCAAAAAGGAGGCGGCCCCUGCCGCCAGGCCGACUAG